AUGCCUGAACCAGUCGACAAGUUGCUCUGCUGCACGCUUUAUAGUGCUGUUUUGACAAAAAAUGGGAAUAUAUUUUGGAGAGGAAUCUAUCCGUUUAAUGAGCGCAGGAAGAUUUGGGAAAAAAUACGCGCCCGCAAAAAACAAGUCACUUUUGAAUCGUGUGGGUCCGAGAUUGUUGUUGGAAGCGAGGUACGUACAAAAUCUACUCCAAUUUAUUCAUUUGGUUCAAUUGCUGUCAACUUUAGUCAAGGAAUUCCAAUGGAUGCAUGGACUUUGAAUGAGACUUGUCGUUUCCGUGUCUUUGGAAGUGCGAAUGCUUACGACAACUAUAAUGGUGAGAAACUUCAACAACAAAAGGAGAAACGUGUUUCAUUCAAUUCGCAAGCCGAGAACGAACAACGACAAUCAUCAACAACUGCUCAGCCCUUAUCCGGUUCUGGUUCAACCUCAGCAAACAAUAGUUCUGAUUUUGCUGGAAAAGAGAGUGCAUGGAACCUGAAAGAUUGCAUAUUUAUUCAUGAAGAGGCUGUUAAUGAUACAAGCAUUGUUAAAAUUGUUGAUGGUGCUUAUUGUGGAAUUGUUUUCAAAUCUACAAUGGAAAAACUUGAAUCUGAACCAUCCACAGAUUUAAGCAAAAUGGGCAUUAGACUCAUGCGCAAAGAUGAUUUAGUUCUAGUUUCUUCCUCAUCGCGUGGUUCAAGAUCUCCAGAAAAUUUUCAAAUGCAAUUUAAACAAAUUCGUCUACCAUCCUCUGUUAAACAAGUUUUAUCUGUUGCAGUUGAUUUGACAGGAUUUCGUGUUUUAUGUGAAAAACAGUCACGUGUCCAUUUACUGCGGAUUAGUUGUGUUGGCAAACUUUUAAGUGAUCAUCCUAUCCCAGUCAAUUUUGGAGCAUUAACACAAAAUAAAAAAGAUGACUCCUAUGAAUGUAUGACUACAGUUCAAAACUUUGGGGAUGAAUCAAUUUUACUGUUAAAUGAUGGCUUUGGUGGCGGCUUUCAACCUCUUUUACGGAACAUAUCUGGUGGAUACAAACAAUUAUCUUAUACUGGUCUAGGCCGAAUUCUUCAAUAUGGAAUGGGUAUAAGAUAUUUUGCAUCGUCUGGUGAAAUAAAGAGUGCAAGUAUAUGUUCGGAACAAAUUAGCGUUGACAAGAAGAACAACAGCUUGAAUAAAAACGCCAAUCGUAUUCUAUUGAUGGUUGCUUUAGUUUCUCCGAGCCCUGAAUGUACACUUCCUGAUCAUGGAUCGCUUAUGCAGGCCAUACUUUUCUGUCAAUUGGACGUCGUUAUUGCUAUUCUCAAAAAGCUUUUAAAUUCCCCAAUUGAAAGUCAGCCUGCUAUCGUUUGUGAACAAAUUGAAGGGAAUCGAAAUAUUUUCCAUGUUGCCGUUCAAAAUGCUUACAGCAGAACAAAUGCUGACCAAGCUGAUGUUGAUGCUACUGAUUCACGUUUAUCAACAGCCUCUCAAAAAUCUGACACUGUCGAGGCGGAUGCUGUUAAGACACGUUAUGAACGCAAAUGGCAAGAAAUGAUAAGUUCAGCACCAACAACACGAGCAAAAGCGCAUCAACAACAGCAACUUUUAAACGAACUAACUUCUGAAAUUAAAAAAGAUUCUUCCCCUGAAACGGGCAAAGAUGAGCCGGAAAGUGCUGAAUCAUCUGAUCUUAUCAAUAAAAGGAUUCCUAUAGCUGCCAAGGAAAGACAAGCCAAUUCAAUUGAAAUAAUUCGUGAAUUGUGCAAAAACUCCGUAGUACGUGAAUAUUUUAUUGAUUUAAUGCGACAACGUGACAUCAAUGGGCAUAGUCCAUUUGAGACUGCGAUAUAUCAGCGAGCGUAUUCAGCUGCCCAAUUGAUGUGGCAAACUGCAAUUGAUGUUAAGGACUGGAGUCAAGGUUAUUUUUGA